AUGGAUGCUUCAGUGGUUCUGAUCUCAGAUUCCGAUGGCGAUGUUGUUGAGAUCCUUUCCGAGGAGCCAGUGACGUCUACGCAACAGAAUGGCAUAGAGGACCGCAACGUUGGUGGGUUGCACGCGGUGUCCCCGUUGCCCAAGUCUUCAGCUCCAGCAGAGCCCACGACGGCCGAUAUACGCCAGAUUUCGUACGAUGCUAUAACUAUUGAGUCCAGCCCGAAGGUGUCGCAUCACAAGGAUGAUACCAUGUUGCGAAAGCUGAGGGCUGACAGGGUUCUCAAGUCCUUCUGUGACGAUAUCAGCGAUAGUGAUGACGAUGUAGGUGAAUCAUCUGUGAUGUCACGACGUGUUUCAACUGUUUCAAACCUUGUGCAAACGGACAAACCGUUGAUCUCUACACCGCCAAAGGUUGAUUCAUAUAGGAAGCACGUUUCUCAUUCUUAUGAAGACAUUGGUGUCGAUAGUCCAGGUAUUCCAGCCCCAUUGUCCAAACAAGCACACAAACCAUCGAACAGUGUCAUCUCAGCUAAGGAUGACGGCUUCAAUCUACUAGACGAUGAUGCGAAUAAGUCUACACGUGCCAAACCUAUUCAGCCAUCCCUAUUUGUUCCGUUUGAUGAGGAUGAGGACUCAUCUCUGUCGAGCAUCAUUCCAGUGGCAAUGAAGUCGCCGUCGUACUCCAAAGGAAACAAAAGUAAAGAUGUCGAUGAAACUGGCGAUGAUGAGGAUACACCGUCGAUCGUACGGCACGACGUUAUACUAUCAAGUUCAUCAUCAAGCGAUGAUGAAGAAAGCCUCGUGGCUGUGUCCCACAAGGCACCAAAACAACUUCCUGAGAACUACGAGUUCGACAAACGACUUAUAACGACCUCUGUUGGACAUGCCAAUCCAUUCUUGAAGAAGCUGAUAAAGAAUGCCUCAACAACCAGGGAGAAGCAUGACCAUCUCAGAAAGCAAAGAGAAAGAGAGCGACUGGAUGAACAAUUCGCUAGAUCUAUCGAACAGCAAGAAAGGGACCAUGAAGUAACAAUGGAUGUCGUACAAGAGGAAGAUGAAACUAUUGACUUCACGUCAUCACCAGACUUUGAUGAAAAGGCACCGAGCUCUUUUAGCUCCUCGAAGAACAAAGUACUUCAUGCUUCAACAUCCGAUAAUCAGCACAGUACAACGACAACAGUAUCUAGCAGUUCAACCAACAAUGCUACUACGAGAAACACCUCUGGUAAGAAAACAUCAGCGGAGAAGAGGCUGGAGAAGGAAGAACUGCGGCGUUGGAAAGACGCCAAUACAGUCACGAGGAAGAAAGAAGAUCUUUUAUCAGAAAUGGUUAUAAGCAUUCCCGACUCAGUGCUAUCUUUGAUCAAGAGUAAGCAGUGCGAGGAGAUUCUCUUUGGAAUUGAAAUCCGUGAAUACCAUAAAGCAGAUCCAUUCAUUACGUGGCAAAGAAAAGUCAACGCUGAGUAUGACCAGGUCACUGAUUCGUUUAUGCCGACAUCUCCUAGGGUAAUUGAGGAAGACAAGUGCUGUCUUGUUUAUGAUGCCAAGGACUUUGUCACGAUAAUGUCAAUGGAGACGAUAUUGAACAAGCUGAAUCGGUUCAAGAAGGAUAAUCCGAGAUUUAGCACCAUUGUUAUCAUGUUAAUAGGAUGGGAUCAGUUGGUUCAAAAGGUCAAAAACGCUGAGAAUAGAAGGUACACUGAGCGAAUACGAGGUAGCUCUGUUGAAGAACCCAAUAAAAGAAGGAAGAAGAAGCAAACACUGGAAGAACAACUGAACCUUGAGGAAUUGGAGACCACGUUGGCACAGCUGAAAGUCUAUGGGUUUAGAAUCUUCACAACAAAGAAUGUUCACGAAACCACUGUUUGGUUACAGUCCUUCACCUACGCAAUCGCACAAGCCCGCUACGAUAAGCUAGUUCGUCACCCAGAGUUUGCCAACGUUGGUAAUAUCAAGUCUGGAAAAGAUAUUCGAGAUACGUAUUUCAAAAUGCUCCUGGAGUUGAAGUUUGUCACUGAACCGAGAGCAAAGAGAAUCACCAAUAACUUUCCCUCGUUGUCUUCUCUAUAUCAGACUGUACAGCAGUGCAAUGGCAGGUUACCCUAUGGUGAUGAUGGUCGAGCAGUGAUGAACACCAACAUCGAAUCCACAAUUAUAAAACUCUUCAAGUCUCACGACGAUAAAGAAUUGCUACAUAUGGACUAA